GUACUUCGACCCACCAAAGCAAAAUGUACGAUGCAUACACGCCUUGCGAAGUAGCUCUCCGAUUACCCGUAGAAGUAACAUGUCUUGCAUUUCAAGAAUCGAAUCAAACCUUGUUAGCCGGUGGAAGAGCAGGACAUCUCUAUGCAUACACAAUUUCAGCUAAUCGUCGUGGAUUCGAGCUCACAAAUAUCUGCAAAAGCUUUCACAAGAAAGCAGUAAUGGAACUGAAAGUUUGCCAACGUGAAGAUCUCCUUUUGUGCGUGUCCGACGGUCAAUUGAUGGCUCACAAGCUCAGCGAUCCAGAGUAUAAAGUUGAAACAUUAAUUCACAAAGUGAAGCCUGUUCAGACUUUUGCAAGAUUUUCACCCAAGACAUCUGGAGACCUGUACGUAAUUGUUUCGUCACGAAAGAAGUUAUAUUUAUUCAAAUGGGGAGAGAAAGAUGGCCACAAAGAAUUUAUAGAAGUUGCAUUGGAUUAUAAUCCAGUUUUCUUGGAUACUCCAACAUCUAUAAGAUGCGUUGGUGAAAUGGUAUUCUUUUCUGUUCGAAACGAGUAUUUUUCUAUGACAAUGCAAAAAGAUAAGACAACCACUUCGCCAAGUGAAGGUUCAACUCCGGAAGGAUGGAAUGGUUUUGUAACUCGUCUUUUAAAUUUCAACUGUCAGCCUGGCAUUGUGCCAAUGAUCGAUCGAAGAAGAGUUGCAUUUGUGAGGAAUGAAAUAGUUGUAACCACUGAUAUUUGGGGACAACGUCCGGCAAAUGUAUUAAGUGACGAGUACAAGUUCAGCGAAGUUCCCAUGCAAAUCGUAUACGAUUCACCUUACUUGGUUGGAAUGCUCUCAAAAGGCCGCGUCGAAGUUCGUUCAAUUUUCGAUGGUCAACUUGUACAGACAAUGUCCCUCCCGAAGGCUAUGACACUCUGCAGUGGUGCUCGUGGACAAGUGUUCGUCGCUGCUCUUUCCGAUAUUUGGAUUCUUGAUACUUCACAAAAUCUUCGAAAAAACGUGUCUCAUUUGAUACAGGAACGUCAUUUCGAGCUAGCAAUUCAAUUGGCUGAAAAUUCGAAUUUAUUUGCAGAAGAACAGAAAUUAGAAAUUAAAAAGAAGGCUGCAUUGAAUUUAUUCAAUCAGAAGAAGUUUGACGAGUCAUUCGCAUUAUUUGGAGAAAUUAAAACCGAUAUUUCAGAAGUGCUCUCAAUUAUUCGAAUGUUUCCCGAGCUUCUUCCAGAUGGAUUUCAAUCAAUGACCGGAGUUGUCAGUGAUAUGCCUGCUAACGACAGAAUGCGUGCUCUUUUGGCUCUCGGUAGUUAUCUAUCUGAAAUUCGAACUGAACACGCGAAGCAUAUUGAAUUAUACAAUCGUUUGUACUCAUCGGGAGCGGCAAAGAAAACUGAUGAAGAUGAGAAGGCAAAGCUCUUGUUGACAUUGAGAGUUGUAGAUACAACACUUCUAAAGUGUUAUAUUAAGACGAAACCAAUGCUUGUGGAUUCUCUAAUUCGUCUUCAAAGCAACGCGUGCACAUUUGAGGAUGCAAAGAAGAUCCUCGAAUCUGAAGGACGUCUCCGAUCUUUAUUCAUUCUUUACGAAACCCGCAAAAAGCAUGAAAUGGCUCUCGAUUUGUUUAUCGAUCAAUCUAGCCGCCCGGAUGCUGAUCCAUUUUUCGAUGAUGCUAUUCAACAAAUUGUCGAAUAUCUUCAAAGUCUUGGAAAUAGCAAUUUGCCACUAAUUCUAAAGUACGCAAAAUGGGUACUAGCCAAAAAUUUGGAAGCCGGAGUUCAAAUAUUCACUAGUGACGAAACAGAAAUGGCUAGAAAUUUAAAUCGAAAAGCCGUCGUGGAAUUUUUGAAAUCCGAAUGCCCGGAUGCACUGAUUCCGUACUUGGAGCACGUGAUUUUCAAAUGGGAAGAACCUUCUUCAUAUUUUCACGAGACACUUUUGGAAUUCUAUGUGGCACGAGUCAACACUUUGUUUAAGGAUUAUGUACACGCUUUCCCAGACGCAUUUUCAGAUGAGAAUAUCACUCGCGCGGGAGACGAGGAUGGCGAGCUGGGCCUCUACCGAAAACGACUUUUGAAAUUUCUCGAAGUUUCCCAUUCAUACAGUCCACAAACAGUGCUUCUUCAACUAGCACCACAUGCAUUUUACGAGGAAAGAGCUCUGAUUCUUGGACGACUGAAACAACACGAGCAGGCGCUUGCUAUAUAUGUGAAUACACUGAAGAAUGUGCCUGCAGCAGAGGAGUACUGUAGACUCUACUACAAUGCACACGAUGAGACCAAUUCACAGGUGUAUCUGAUGCUCUUCCGAACUCUGGUACAUCCAAAUCAGCAACAACUGCACUCGAUUCCUUAUCACGCCGAUUCGACUCCAUUCGGAUCAUAUCGUGAUGAUGUUUCUGAAGCAUCAACGUUAGUCAACUCUACAUCAUCGUAUCAACCAGAUGUCAAUACAGCAAUCAAGAUUCUGGCAAAACAUGCAGAUAAAAUCGAUACAGUUGGAGCAUUGAAUAUGCUUCCAGCCACCACUCCGCUCAGAGUCGUGUUCUCGGCAAUUAACGCGGUGAUUCAAACUACCGGACGACAAGCGAGCACUCGAAAAAUGGAAAAAUCUGUGUCCCAAUGUGCAAUGUCAAAGAAGCUGGAGCGCAAAAACAAGGCGCAAUCUACUAAAAUCAUCGUCAAUUUCUCAAGUGAAUGUGUUGUUUGUGAGAAGAAAAUCGCUGUAAGCGCAUUUGUCCGGUAUCCGGAUGGUCGAUUGGCACAUCUCUACUGCCAUAAUGAUUCUCAAGGAGGAAACAGAAAUUGAAAGGAAGUACGGUACCUAGUACCUGAAAUGUACUAAUUUUUGUAUCUAUAAGACGUAUUUUUGUAUAGAUUUUUUACUGAUUUUAUGUGCCUUUAUCCUUGUAACAACUUGUCACAUCACAUGUCUUCUAGUCCCCUUUUACUUUUUUCUCAUUCCAGCGCACUCACUUUUAUUGUACGUGUAACAUUCUCUUGUAUACAAAUCUGUCCAUUUAUUCCAUUUUACAAAAUUCAAAAUAAUUCAAUGAAAAGGCAAAACGACGAAUUAUAU